CUUCCUGUCUUUGUGAUUGUCUGCACCAGUCCUCAUGUGUUCCACCUGUGUCCAAUUGCCCCUGCUUUCCCUGUGUGGAUGUAAGUCUCAGUGCUGCUCGUUGUCUUCAUUGCCUUGUCUCCUGUCCCCGUCGUCCUCUGCGUCAGCUCUGUCUUGUAUCUUACCCAAGCAAAAUGGAAGGGUUGCCAUUGUGACGGGGGGUACCAGAGGAAUGGGUUUAGAGGCAGCAAAACAUCUGGCCAGCCUAGGCAUGCAUGUUGUCAUUGCUGGAAAUGAGAGAGAAGAGGGCGCAGCCGCCGCCAAGAAGAUUAAUGAGGAAGGCAGCGAAGGAAAAGCUGAGUUUGUCUACAUGGACCUGACCUCACUGAAAUCAGUGCGGCAGUUUGUUCAGGGCUUCAGAGACAGAGGUCUACCGCUCCAUGUCCUGGUUAACAAUGCUGGGACUAUGCUGGUUUCUGAGAGUAUAACAAAGGACGGCUUUGAGUUCCACUUUGGUCUCAAUUACUUGGGCCACUUCCUGCUGACCAACCUGCUGCUGGACCUGCUGAAGACGUCCGGACGACCGGGCCGCUGCUCCAGAGUCGUCAACAUGUCCUCCGCCACGCACUAUUCAGGCAUUGUGGACAUGGGUGACUUGAACCGGAGGAUCUGCUACAGUUCCCAUGGUGCCUAUGCUCAAAGCAAAUUGGCGCUGGUCCUCUUCACCUACUACCUGCAGGAGCAGCUGUCAGCUGCCGGCUCUCCGGUUAUUGUCAAUGCUGUGGACCCUGGCAUGGUGGACACAGCCUUGUAUGACAACCUGUAUACCCUUGCACAGAUGCUGAAGAAACCGGUGGCCAAGAUUCUGUUCAGGACUCCAGCAGAGGGAGCAUCUGUGGCCGUCUACGCUGCUGCUGCCUCUGAAAUGGAGGGCGUGGGGGGCUGUUACCUGUAUAAUGGCAAGAAGACUCAGUCCUCUGACCUCUCCUUCGACUCUGAGCUUCAAGAAGAGCUGUGGAAAAAGAGCUGUGAGCUUGUGGGCCUUCAGCAGGCCUGACAUUUGAGAGAGGCUAUCUUGAGCAGCGCCUGUCUGGAUUUUGUUCCAACACUUAAAUAUCCAGAUGUAAAGGCUAUCCACAUCUGCUUACAUUGUAAAUUUUUCCUAUUUAGUCGAGUAAAGAAACUUGCCGCUGUCCCUGUAGCAAAAUAGCAAAAGCCAAAAUACCUUAAAGAAAAUUAUGAAUGUGACUCAAGUUACACUGAUGACUCAUGAUGAAACACAAGUGCCACGUUUAACUGUUGUGUUUUAAGACACUAUAUCAGACCUUAAUAUGGGUUUCAACAACUCUAUUUUUUUAGAAAUAUUCUGUCUUAAAGAAUUUUUAUACAUUUUAGCAUUUUAGAUAUCAAAGGACCAAUAUUUAAUGGGUCCUUCCUUGGAACCCUUCCCCACCUUUUCUUCAUCUUUCAAUUCCAUCGUUUCAGUAGUUUUUGUGCCUUAACCACUCAACAUUAAGCACUUAUCAUAACCUCUAAUCAAGUUUGGAUGUGUAUUGUCUGUACAGUGUAAUUUUAUCUAUAUUUAAUAUAUGUGAAUCUAUGGAUGCUGGAGUUUGAGUUACAAUGAAAAGAUUUGUCUAUUUUAAAAUGAUCAGCAACUGGACCUCUCUUGAUACAACUACUGCAAGCUGGCAUAUUAUGUUUUAUUACAUGUACUUCUUGGUAUUUUAAUGUGCCUAGCUUCUUCUGCUGCAGUUGUCGGCUAACAAUGUUUCUUGUCAGACACCCACUCAACAUAUGGAGACCAAAAUAAAACAUGUCUGCUAAGAUGCAAAACAAG